GUCACUUGGCGGAGACGGAAUCCAAAGAGGGAACUAAGCUCGCCUCACACGGAGUGACAAGAGCGGUAACGGCGAUUUCGAGUUCCCAAGGCGGCGAUUUCUGCUUGGUAACUCCACUCCAUUGCUGCUGCUCCUCCUUCGACUGUUCUGUUUUAGGGUUUGUCGACCCUGCAUUGCCCUUUGUCGAGGUGGUUUGCUGGUUGUAGCUCGACGCCUUGGGGGGAUACCGUUGUGUACUGCUCCUUUGCACCAAUGCCGAAGAUUUUCGGGUUUUCCCGUCGCCGAACGAAACUGGGAAGGUUGAAGGUUCAACUUGGAGACCCUUUGCAGGGCACUAGAAGUCCCAUUCGAUCAUCUAAACAGCUAAGCCGUUCCAAUGCAAGAAUUUUGCUAAUAAUUGUUUGGCUAUAGUCUAUUUUCUCCACUGAAGUAAUUAGAUUGAGGUGUAAUUUCCUAGGAAGAGAAUGUGGUAGUUGCAUCAUCAAGUGGCCGCUCUGAUGGCCUUGAUUGCCGUUACUCAUCCCGUACAUUUGAUACACAUAAUUUUAGCGUUGGGAGUACAGAAGAAUGGAGAGCAUUGCCAACCUAUGGCAACAAACCAACUCCUCGAUCCCAUGUAAUUGCAUGCAGCAGUUGUUAUUGGGAGCAAAAUGGUGGUGGUUGGCGGUGACUCUGGCCAUGGUUUGUUAGAUGACACUCUGGUGUUAAACUUGGAGACACUUACGUGGAUGACUACUGUUUCAAGUGUCUACUCAUCAUCUGGUGGGGUUGCUUUAAAGUUCCCUGCAUGCAAAGGUCACUCUUUGGUUUCAUGUGGAAAAUCUGCUCUCCUUGUUGGAGGAAGGACUGAUCCUCCAAGUGACAAAUUGUCAGUAUGGUCCUUCAAUGUAGAAGUGGAAAGCUGGUCACUUGUUGAAGCUAAGGGAAAUAUUCCGGUUGCUCGCAGUGGCCAUACUGUACACAGAGCAGGCAAUGUGCUUAUCCUUUUUGGAGGUGAGGAUAUGAAAGGAAGAAAACUAAAUGAUCUCUACAUGUUUGAUUUGAAGUCACUCUCUUGGCUUCCUUUGCAUUAUAAGGGCGCAGGACCUUCAGCGAGAUCAAAUCAUGUAGCUGCUCUUUAUGAAGAUAAAUUGCUCUUUGUAUAUGGAGGGCAAUCAAAAUCUAAGAUUCUCCGUGAUUUUUACUCUCUAGAUUUUGAAACAAUGAUAUGGUCAAGAGUCAAGGUUCAUGGUCAUCACCCUUCACCUAGAGCAGGAUGCUGUGGUGCUCUUUGUGGAACUAAAUGGUACAUUAUCGGUGGUGGAAGCAAGAGAAGAAGACAUGCUGAAAUCCUCAUCUUCGAUAUUUUAAAAUUUGAGUGGUCUACAUCAGUUAUGUCACCAAGUGUUUCGGUGAUCACUAAUAGAGGUUUUAGCUUGCUUCCAGUUAAUCACAAAGACAAAGUUUUCCUUCUUGCCUUUGGAGGACACAAGAAAGAACCAUCCAGUCAGGUUGAAAUACUUUUCUUGGCUACAAAUGAACAUUCAAUGAGUUCGCGGUCUGCUCCAGAUACAGAAUUAUUACCAUAUGAAGAACAACACGCUGUGACUAUUAAGGAUGUUGGUGCUCACCUCAAGACUGGUUCUUCCCCAACUUCUGUUAAUCAUGCCACAAGACAUAGUCUUGCAUCUGCACUUGAGCAGCAAAUAUCUGGCAGGAAAUCCAUUUCAGAUGAUCCUUCUCCAUCUGCUGGCAUGCCAAUUAGCAAGCAAUUUCAUCAAGAUCAAGAUUACUGUUUGGCUAAUAAGAUGCAGAAACCAUCCCUUGAAGAUGAAAACUAUGAAACUGAUGACCAGGUGCAGAACAACCGUUUCUCACAGAGCAGCAAAAGGCAAGAAUCUGAAAUAAAGAUGGAUAUUGCUGGAAUUUUAGCUAGUACAGAAGAGAUGCUUCUUGUUGAAUCUGAAGGUUCAAAUGUUCACCUUAAGCAAGGAACUAAUAGUCUCAGCUUGGCUAAUGACCGUGUUUUGUCUCUAGAGACUGAUGGAAGAUCAGUUUUAACCAAUCCAUCAAAUAUAUAUCAUCAACUUUACGAAAGUAAAAUUGCUAGUUUGACAAGGAAGAAUGCUGUGGUUGAAGAACAGCUGAAAGCUGCUUUGACAGGCCAAGAAUCUACUGAGAAGAGCUUAGCCUCUGCUGCUAGGAGCACACAAGAGAUGGAGAUCAAACUAGCUGAUGCUCACAAGGAAAUUGAGUCGUUGAAGGAGAAGCUAGCAGCUGUAGAGCUAGCUCAAGAGGAGGCCAACAGCCUGUCAAAUAUUGUCCACUCUGACAAUGUGAGGCUUGAACAUGAUGUAGCAUUUCUAAAAGCAAUCUUGGAUGAUACGCAAAAGGAAUUGCACUCUACUCGUGGUGUUUUAGCUGGCGAAAGGGCAAGAGCUUUUCAGCUUCAGGUUGAAGUUUUUCAUCUCAAGCAAAGGCUACAAUCCUUGGAUAGUAGGGCACCCACUCCAAAGAAACCAUUUCCGAUGUAGAUCAUUUUCAAACUACGAAAAUGUUGUAGCCUUCUGGAUAUGCAGUAGUUUGGGAUUCUGUCAACUUAAAUUCCCUGUAUGUACAAGAUGACUGGGGAGUAUGUACGAUGUGAUUUCUAGGUCUGUUAGUAUUUUAAACGAAAUUUGACCUCGGCGUCGUCACUCAAAAUUUAAGGGUCUUAUCAGGCUGGAUCUACACAGGAUCUACGCCUUGCUUCUAA